GCCCCUCAACACCCCACCGGCUCUAUCAAAAUUCCCACUACUUGUAUAAUCCGCAACACCACGCAAAAAAUGGCAGCUACAGCAUCUCACGGGCCGGUUAUGGCUAAUACGUCAAGUCUAAAGGAGAAGCCUAUGGCUGUGAGAACGGCAAACAUCAUUGCUGCCAGAGGUAUUUUACCGUUACUGUCACUGAAUAUGUUCGAUAUCAUAACUGACCCAUUAUGUCUACUCAGCUGUGGCCGACGCUAUCAGGGUAUAUUGGGCUCUGUUGAUGAGGAAAUAGUUCUUACUGAUGGUGCUUCACAGACUUCGCUUGGCCCGAGGGGAAUGGACAAGAUGAUUCAGAAUGGAAAGGGACAUACGUUGAUUACAAAUGAUGGGCAUACUAUCCUGAAAGAUAUGGCUGUAAUGCAUCCUGCGGCGAAGAUGGUAUAUACCUCUUCCCUGGGGAAAAGCUGGGGAUUGGACUUUCCGUGGGUUUUACUGAUUGUGGAUGCUCUUAGUUGGUAGAUCUAUCAGCCGCCCAGGACGUCGAAGCUGGGGAUGGAACAACUUCGGUAGUCGUUAUUGCCGGGAGUCUUCUAGGGGCUGCGCAGAAGCUUCUGUCAAAAGGCAAUACACCCACCAGAAGGGCAUAAGGGGUGAGGUGGCUAACAUCGGAUGAUAGGCAUCCAUCCCACCGUCAUCGCGGAAUCCUUCCAGAGAGCCGCUGCAAAGGCUGUUGAAAUCCUCACCAAUAUGUCAACCCCCGUAGCACUUGCAGACCGGCAAUCACUUCUCGAUGCAGCGAGCACCUCCCUUUCUAGCAAGAUAGUUUCCCAGUAUUCCACUCUCCUCGGGCCGAUGGCCGUUGAUGCCGUCUUGCGAGUUAUCAACCCCGCUAUUGCCGAAAACGUUGACUUAAAUAAUAUCCGCAUAGUCAAAAAGGUUGGAGGCACAAUUGAUGAUACAGAGCUUGUGGAUGGGCUCGUUUUGACACAGAAUGUUUUGAAAGGCUCCGGAGGCCCAUCGAGGAUGGAGAAGGCGAGAAUCGGGUUGAUCCAGUUUCAACUAUCACCACCCAAACCUGAUGUUUGCUCACCCCCUAAAUUGCCGGGAUGAACGGGAGGUCGACAUGCACUAACUGGUGGCAUGACAGAUGGAAAAUCAAAUAGUUGUCAAUGACUACCGCCAAAUGGACAAGAUCUUGAAGGAAGAGCGGACAUACUUACUUAAUAUGUGCAAGAAGAUCAAGAAGGCCAAGUGUAACGUUCUAUUCAUACAGAAGUCGAUUCUUAGGGACGCUGUCAAUGAUCUUUCGUUACAUUUCCUGGCCAAGUUGAAUAUUCUAGCAAUCAAGGACAUUGAACGUGAUGAGGUUGAGUUUAUUUGCAAGGUCCGUACGCGAUGGCUUCCUCAUCUAGGUGCCAUAACACCUGAUUAUAGGGUUACCUUCUAACUCUGGUUUGUAAACAGAGCACCGGAUGCAAGCCAAUUGCCGAUAUCGACUCUUUUACAGACGACAAACUUGGAACAGCAGACCUCAUCGAGGAAGUGCAGUCCGCAGGAGCACGCAUCGUAAAAGUCACUGGCGUCAAGACCGUCGGCCAAACUGUCUCAGUGCUGUGUCGUGGAGCCAACUCCAUGAUUCUUGACGAGGCCGAACGCUCCUUGCACGACGCUCUUUGCGUCAUCAGAUGUCUCGUGAAGAAGAAGUAUGUUGACGCCCACCUUCGGUUAUUACUUAUCACUAACGGAGCGCCCAGGGCCCUCAUUGCCGGCGGUGGUGCGCCUGAAAUUGAAGUUUCCCGUGCAUUGAUGAAAGCCGCUACUGCUCUUACAGGCACCGAGUCGGUCUGCUGGCAAGAGUUUGCGGAAGCCCUGGAAGUCAUCCCCACAACUCUUGCGGAAAAUGCCGGCCUUAAUAGCAUCCGUGUCGUGACAGAACUCAGAAACAGGCACGAGAAGGGCGAGAAGUCUGCAGGGGUCAGUGUUAGAAGGGGCGCUGUCACCAACAUCGUUGAUGAGAGCGUUCUGCAACCGUUACUAGUGAGCACUAGUGCCAUCGAAUUGGCGGCGGAAACUUGUAAAAUGAUUUUGAGGAUAGAUGAUAUUGCGCUUUCCCGGUGA